GCCGUAGGCCUCUGUGGCGGACGCGGGGCCUGGACUGGCGUGUGCCCUCUGGGUGGCUGCGGAACGCUGCGUGCGCCGGCGGAGUUUCCGCGGGGGACGGCGUUAGCCGCCGCACGCCGAGACGCGGCAGUUUCGUUCCCCGGUGGCGGCGGAGCGCAGGGAGGCGGGCGCGAUGGCGCUGAGCGGGCUCAUCAGGAAACUCGGGCACCGGCUGGCCGAGAUCCGUGCGCGCGCGCUCCGGAGCCUGCUGUGCAAGCUGGAGCACCGGCUGCUGGCCGACGCCGAGCUGGUCCACGAGCGCCUGCUGUUCCUGCACCUGCUGGAAUGGUUCAACUUCCCCUCGGUGCCCAUGAAGGAGGAGGUGCUGACGCUGCUGCAGCGGCUGGUGAAGUUUCCUGCAGCUGUCCAGCAUCUGGUCGACCUCGGUGCAGUGGAGUUCUUCUCCACGCUUCGUCCUCACGUGGAGCCCAGCCUGCAGGCGGCCAUCGACGGCAUUCUGGAUGGGCUGUUCAUCCUUCCCUCGGAAACGCCUGUGCUCGACCCUGCCCCUGCCCCUGCCCAGGCCAACCCAACCGAACUGUCACAGCAACCUGUAACGUUAACAGGAUAUUUUCCCCAGGACAGAAGUAGCGCCCAGCAGAUGGAAAUGUCUUCACGACCGCCAGUGCAUCCGAGUGUGAAGUGCUUGAAGGUUUCCACGUUUCCUUGGCUCCCGCUGACGACGACAGACAGGCACGUCCUCUCCUCCAACGAGAGUUCCUUAAGAAGUGGCAACCACACGUUAAUAUGGAAUACCUGCGAGUUACUGAAGGACGUUAUCAUGCAAGAUUUUCCUGCCGAGGUUUUCCUUCAAAGGCCAAAAAUUGUUCAAAGCCUGUUGUCUCUGUUGAACCUGGCUCCCGGAGGGGAUGGAGCGCACCGCCUGGCGCUGCAGUCCGUGUCCUGCUUGCAGCAGCUGUGUGUGUGUUUAAGGAACAGACUCAACUUUCACCGGGAUCCAGGUUUUUUCUGUAAUAAACAAGACACGGUUUCCCAGAAUUCCUCCUUGUCUUACUGUCAGGAAGGCCGAGGCACUCACGCCUCCCGGAAUCCUUCCCCAGGAAGCAGCAGCCCGCGGCCCUCCGUGCUCGGGCGCACAGGCCAGCGGGCCCGAGGGGACGGCCAGGACUGGGAUGCCGCCUCCUCCAGUGGUGGCAGCAGCCAUGCUCCCGUCAACUCCAGGACCUCUGCCCAUUCCCCUGUGGACAUCGGACACGUGGACCUGCCGGAGCUGGAGCCUGAGGACACGCUGGAACUGCGCUUCCGGCAGCUCGGCCUGCCUCAGUUCUGUGUCUCCGUUCUGGAAGCGGCACUUCCUCUUUUGAAAACAGGAAGUAGACAGAUGAUAAUUAGAGUGCUGGAAUUGCUUGCGGAAGAUCUGACUCUUAUUGGUGAAGCAAUUUCAUCAGAUAUUUGGGAUGACAACAGCCUUUUUGCUAUAGACAUGAGAGAGAAGCUGCUCCGGAUCUUGGGGUCUCUUGGAGAGAUACUGUGCUACCACAGAGGCGGUGGCAGUGUGCAGCGCCCGCAGCCCGUGCUGCUGCAUCACCGGAUGGCCUACGUCAGCACCGCGCUGGUGGCAGUGCGCAUGCUCCAGAUACUGGUCCCUGUGGAGAAGGCAAGUGAAGUUCUCCCCGAGCCUAUGUCAGCAGCAUUAUUUCUUCUUUCUUUGGACAUGCCUGUUUCUUUGGAGUACCCAAAUAUUCACGAAACUGUUGUGGCUUAUUUGGAGCAGCUGAAUUCAGAAGGUUACAGUAUUUAUAAGCGAACUGCAGAGGCUGUUUAUUCGAUUGAAUGUACAUGUAGUUUCCUAUCUGAGAUUGGGAAGGAGGGAGACAAGAAUCUCUUGGAAUUAGUGGAGCUGGCAGACCAAGCCUUGCGUACCUUCUCCUAUCAUCAGCACUUCCCCCUCAUAAAGGAAAUCCUCUGUAUUUGUUCAAAGAUCUGGAAAUCGGCCCAGGCCAGUCCGCUCCUGCAAGGAGAAAGUCAGAAGGUGCUUCUGCGCAUGCUGUCUCACCCAGUGCCACAAGUGAAAGCUGAAACCUACCGUGGCUGUCUGGAGAUUGUUAAGGAAUGUUUAGGUGUCCAUAAUGUCACAAAACCUGUGUCUUCACUUUGUAAUGGGAUUAAUUUUCUACUUCAUCCGAAAGUUCUGUAUGAAAUCUCUGCAUUUGGUAUGCAAGAACCCCAAAAUGAGGUGAGUGCUGCUGCCAAGGCGAUUCUGCUGUAUCUGCUGCAGGGCCGGCUGAUGAUGACAGCGCUGACCUGGAGCAGGUUUAUUGAGUCGCUCUGUCCAGUCAUUCCGGUACUACAGGGCUAUGCUGACACAGAAGACCCUCUGGGGAACUGCAUUCUCUUGCUGAGCAAGGCAGGUCCGGAGGCUGGGGAGGAGCUUCUGCCUGGGACCACCCGGUUAAAGUCUGUGCUGCGGCUUCUGCUUGUGAAAAAGCCCUCGGUGCGUUCACUAGCGUUAAAGCUUUUAGCGUUCCAUCUUACCAGUGAAGAAGGGGCUGACACAAAACGCCCGGCCAUAGAUGCCAGAGUUCUUUCCAGGGUUACUAACUUAUUUAUUGUGAAAAAGCCCAUUGAACUCAAAUUAGAUGACAGAAGAGAACUGGUUAUUAAGUUGGAGAUGGUUGAAAAGGUUUAUGAAAUUUUCACCUCAGAUGAUGUGGAUGUUCUCUUGAGAAAGUCAGCUGCAGAACAGUUGGCUGUCAUCAUGCAAGAUAUUAAAAUGCAUACUGUUGUUAAAAAGUUAUGCUUAAUUGACAAGAUAAUUGGGUACUUAAGUGAAUGUGUGGGUCAACAUGGGAAGGUGAUGGAGUGCUUGGUCCAGCCGUGCCUCACGCUCCUGAGGAAGGUUUUGUGUGCUGAUGCAGUUGUGCGUGUCUCCCUCUCGCAGCAGCCUUCUCUCUUGAUCCUGUUAUUCAGAGUUUCCUUGAUAUUUCAUGAAGACUGUACUGUUGUGACUGAAGUUGGAGCAUUGCUUUGUCUUUUGUUAUUUGAUGAAGUAUCAAGAAUGGAUAUGUGGUCUGUGGAUCCUGCCACUAAACCUUCCUCGUCAACAGCCUUCAGUUUGCCUGUUUCAGUUUUCAGAAGGUAUCAUCUCCCUGUGUGUGUAGUUGGCCACCAUGCUGUGAGUCCUUACGCCAUGGUUUUGCCAUUAUCUGCUGAUUGUUUGGCCUUGAAACCCGUAUCAGACAUGCUGCGAGUAGCUUGGAACCUGUCGUGGUAUCAUGGGUGUGAUAAUUUGUUGAAGCAUGUGAACUCUGGAGCAGAAGUCCCGGAGUUUUUAGAUGACUUGAAGCUAUCUGCAGAGGACAUCCUUUGCCUGAAGGUGACACACGUGGCCAGUGGGCUGCAGGACUGCCUGCACUGCAUUGUUCAGGCUACAGCCCACAGGGAGGUCAGAGCUGCUGUUGCUAGGAUGGAUUUUUAUCUUCUGAAUGACAGACUGACUGUACAGGGUGGCGCUGGCUCGUGUGGGCCUCCCUUGAAGUCCUUGGCUUGGCAUACUGCCCUGAACAGAUUUUUACAAGUGCUUCCUGCUUGCACUGAAGAUGAGAAACUGCUCAUAGAUAUCAUACAUUUCUUAAACAAGUUAAUGAAGGAACAAAGCAAAAAUCUGUCAGUAGAAGUUCUGAACUGGAUUCUGGAAUUGCUUCUGAGACAUAGCUCAAAUCCGCUCUUGGAGCUGCUGGUUCUGACGGAGUCGCAGGCUGGGGAGCAGGCCGACGACGUGAGCACUGCGGUCAGGCAGCAGCUGCAGAAGGAGCUGAUCGCAUUCUUCAGUACCUUGCUGCUUAGCUUCAUGGCCGUCACUGACAGGAAGUGCCUGGAACUUCUUUAUGCUUUCCAAACCCAGCUGGCUCUGAAGCUGCUCCAGUGUCUGAGAGUCACGGACGCCCCUCGUUUCUACGGGCUGCCUUCCCUGGAGCGCACCUUGCGAGGCGUGGCCCACCUCACCUCGCUCCCCGGCUGGAGCUCACACUCCCCGCUCACAAAGCCACUCGACGUUUGCGUGAAGUACUUGUCUGGUCUCCUGGAAGUCAUUACUUCCUUUUAUGUGGAGCGUGGAGGAAAUGCCAUGUCCUUCAUGGGCAAAGGGGUCACCAAGAGCACCGUGCUGUGCUUGCUGCACUUGUCACAUGAGAUGAUGAACCAGGCUCAGAGCUCGGAGUGGAUGUGUCUUUGGUUCUUGCCUUUAGGUAGUCCCAGUGAAGACCAGGCUGCUGCCCAGCAAGGUCUGACGUGGCUGGUUCCACUGUGGGUUGAUCGGGAUCCAGAGGUGAGGUUCACUUCUCUGGCCUUGGGAGCAGCCCUGACCACCCUGGACGCGGGCUGUGUGGCCUUGGCGAGCAGCUGUCAGAACAUAUCGGGCGGGCUCUGGGGGACGGUGCUCAGCAUUCUCCUGGACCAGUCGGAAUGCAGCAUGGUGCGUCGCGAGGCUGCGUUUAUUCUUCAGAAUCUGCUUGUAAUCCCAAUGCCUACAGAAACGAUAAAGGAUUAUACUUGGCAGGGCCCCUGUGUCCAUGACGAGGACUCUGGUUUGUCACUUGUAGGAAAACCUGCCCUUCAGGCACUUUUGUAUCACUGCCAUUUUUAUGAACAUUUGAAUCAGAUGAUAAAACAUUGUUAUGUUGGACAAUAUACAUUUGAUUUGAAUUUUUCUGCUUUUGAUGGAACUUCAGAAGGCAAUGACUUAAAUGGUUUAGAUGACUCCUUGAAGUUCUGGAACGCUCCAUCCAGGAUGUCCAGUCAAGAUCGUGAUCCCAGUUCUGUGUCCACCGCAGAAACAAUGGUGGCACCUUCACUGGGUAGUGCCGAAUUUGAACCGCUGAAUCCACCAGCAGCACUUCUAGCCGAACCCGCCCAUGGCCAGUUUGCACCUCAAGAUCAGCAUGAGAUUGCGUCACCGCAUCCGCCUCACGACUCGUCGUUUUCUGCUCCCCUACCCAAACACGGUGGUUUUGUUACUCCUGCCCUUCUGUCAGCAAUGUGCGGCCUCUUAGACAACCUUUUGGCCAUCGCCCCAAGAGACACUGCAGAUGCCCUUCGACAGGCCCAUCUCAUGGAGUUGCUCUGUGGUGUUGUGGAAGCUUCUCUCAUCGAGGCGUGCGUGCAGGACCUGCAGGCGCUGUUGCCUUCGUCGCCGCCGGCGGAGCACACCCAGGCUCAGGCUUGCUUUCUCUUGGAAUACCUGUCCUCGUUGUCCAGGCUUCUGCAGUCAUCUUUGUUGGUAGAUCCUGACCUUGUGAUCCAGGACAAAAUUCUGAAGCCUCUUAUCGCCAAUGUGAUUGGAGUUCUUACAAUAUGCAUCAAAGGUAUGUUGGAUCAGCAGAAUGUAGAGCUAGUACCAACUAUUUGUCACACGUGGACUCACUUGUUGAAUUUUCUGGCCACACUGCUGAGGAAAGCUGGUGCCGUGUGUCUCCCUGCUCUGACUGUGGCUCUGGCAGAGAACUGGGCGGAAAUGCUUGAUAUGUUCUGCACAUGUGUGGACCUGUCUGUGAUGUCCCCUGCUCUGUACACUGCUGGCCUGCAGUUCCUUUCAGUUCUUUUAACUGAAGAAGCAAAAAGUUAUCUUCAGAAUAAGGACAAAAGAAAUCAUUCCCACAGCCCAACAAUGGUCUCACUUCUUGAUAAAACUCAAGAAAAUCAGAAACGUGUGGAACGAUUGAAUGAAGUUAUUCUUAAGUGCUAUGCAGGAAAAUCCAGCAAGGACAGCCUGCGGAGGGUUGCUGCCAACGCGCUGAUGUCGCUGCUGGCCGUCAGCAGAAGAGCGCAGAGACAUGCUCUCAAAGCUAAUUUCAUAGAGGAUUGUGUGGGGCAGCUGAAGCAGGUCCAUGCACAGCUGAGCCUGGAUUCUCUCAGGCCUGGGAAAGCAGCACUGAAAAAAAAGGAGGAUGGUUUGAGUAAAGAGUUGAGUGUUACCAUGCAGCUCCUGAGAAACUGUCUUUAUCAGAAUGAAGAAUGUAAAGAGGCAGCACUCAGUGCUCACCUUGUCCCUGUGCUGCACUCUCUCUGGCCUUGGCUUUGGAUGGAUGAUUCACUGAUGCAAAUUGCCUUGCAGCUGCUUUGUGUCUAUACUGCCAAUUUUCCAGCUGGUUGCAGUUCUCUCUGCUGGUCGAGUUCUGGACAGCACCCUGCUGCAGCUGCGCACAGAGGAGCCGCCAGCAGCAGCCUGAUGCUCUGCAUCUUGAAGCUGGCUUCCCAGAUGCCCCUGGAGAACAGCACCUUACAGCAGAUGGUCUUCAUGUUCCUUUCCAACCUGGCCUUGUCUCAUGAUUGUAAAGGGGUCAUUCAGAAGAGUAACUUCUUACAGAACUUUCUGUCUCUGACGUUGCCAAAAGGAAGCAGUGGACAUCUCAGUAACCUGACGGUGCUGUGGCUGAAGCUUCUCCUGAACAUGUCGUCCGGGGAGGACGGGCAGCAGAUGAUCCUGAGGCUGGACGGCUGCCUGGACCUGCUCACGGAGAUGAGCAAGUACAAGCACAGGACCAGUCCUUACAUACCGCUCCUUAUUUUUCAUAAUAUUUGCUUCAGUCCUGCUAAUAAACCCAAGAUCCUGGCUAAUGAGAAAGUCAUUACUGUGUUAACAGCCUGUCUGGAGAGUGAGAAUGCGAAUGCGCAGAGGAUUGCGGCGGCUUCGCUGUGGGCUCUGAGUUACAAUUAUCACAAGGCAAAAACAACUUUGAGGAAUCCAUCAAUAAAAAGAAGAGUGGAUGAAGCAUAUUCUUUAGCAAAGAAAAACUUCUCAGACUCAGAAGAAAACUCCCUAAAUGCCUAUUAUUUGAAAUGCCUUGAAAACCUUGUGCAACACCUCAACUCUUCCUGAGAGCUGAGAGAUAACCCUGAGGCUGACGACCACGCCAGGGAGCUGAACUUGAGGCCAGCACUGUGCAGUGACUGUUUCCUGAAGAUACACAUGACUGGCAGGUGUUGAGCCCCCUUUUCCCUAUGAAAAAUAGAAUGGGCACCGAGGAGAGGAGCAGAAUUGGUGACAGCCAACUUUGUUCACUCCUGGCAUCUCUAAACGUGAGAGCAGCAAGCAGGAGGUUAUGUAAGAUGGGUAGAAAGUUUUGGGAACGUAAAACAUUUUUAAACUUGUCUAUGCAGUCUUUUUUAAAACCCUAUUUAAGUUAUUUAAGAAAAUAUUUUUAGAAACUGAAAAUUUACUAAUUGCUUGCAGACUGUUUUCAACCUUAUGAGUGUAAUUUUAGAAAUUGAAGGAAAACAUGUUCUUUUUUGUCUUUUAAAGAAUUUUGCCGUGUAAUUUGGCCGUUGCCAAAGCAAAUCCUUCGAUUUCAAACUUGUAUUGCAUUCAGCGUUUUCAUGAAGGAAUGUGUUUCUGUGCAUAUAAAUUUGUGAGUAGCUGCCUCACUCAGUUCUCAGUGCUGUUGUCUUUCUGAGUCAUUUGUAAAAUAGUUACAUUUGCGGUUUUCCGCUUGGAGCUUCUGGUAAACAAGAAGGUAGUAGAGUUGUGGUCCUGCAGGCCUGCAUUCCAGUUCUAGCUCAGUCCUAAACAGAAUGAACAGCAAAAGCAGGAAGUAUUGGAGGAACAAGUUCUGUGACUACUGCAUUUCCAACUGGCCAGCGCGCAGCUGUGAACCCAGUACUGGGACUGAAUUCAAGUGCUUUGACAGCCUUCUCAAACGUGAAGGAAUCUGAAAUGCAUAACAUUUUUGAGCACUAAUUUACGUAUGGUUGCAUAGAUGUGAUCAUUCUUAAGUACAGAACAAAAGCAAAAAUAGACAAGAGGGAUUCUGUAAGCCAGGAGGCUCCUGUGCAGGAAACACUCAACCUGCAUCGGAUAAAGGAUUAACAUGCAGAUUAUAUAGAAAGCUCAAGAAGCUCAAAGCAAGCAGUCCAGCCAGGAAAUGGGCAGGGAACAAGAAUAGAAUUUUUUUAAAGCAUAAAUUCCAAAUAGCAAACAGACACAUGAAAAAAUGUUCAGGAUUACUAAUCAUGAGGGAACUGCAAAUAAAAAACAUAGUGGGUUAUCACCUCACUCCAGUUAAAAUAGCUGUUAUCCAGAAAUCAAAAAAACAAAUGCUAGUGAGGUUGUAGAGAAAAAGGUGCCCUAAUACACUGUUGGCAGGAAAUUGUGAAAAACACUAUGGGAUUUCCUCAGAAAACUAAAAAUACAUUUAUCAAAUAGCACAGCUAUUCCACUCCGAGAAUAUUCUUAGAGGAAAUGAAAUCAUUUGAAAGAGAUAGCUGCAUUCCCACAUUAACAGCAGCUCAGUUCACGGUGCCAAAGAGAUGGAGCCAACCUAAAUGUCCAAUAAGGCAGGUUUGAAUAAAGAAAAUGUGUGCGUAAAUGAUGGAAUAUUGCUCAGUCACAAAACAAGAAUGAAACCCCCACUUCUGCCACAAAAUA